AUGGUCAACCCAGGAAAGCGGAUGCACGUAUUACAAGCCCUGUUGGCAUUACGGCAUGGCCCUGGCGCAGCGAUACUACCGCCCGAGAUCACGCGGAUACACAUGGACUUUGCGUUGAAGUGGAAUGACGGACACUUGGGGCCCAGGAAAUUUUGGAAGACCUGCCUACCACGGCUGAAAUUCUGGAACCCAGCGAUCCCAAUGCUCGUGAACCGGUCCGACCAGCAAGCCGGACCAGCCACAAUGUCCAUCUACUUCCGGCAAACCUCGCUCGACCCAACCUCCCCAUCCUCCUCCUCCACCUCCAGCAGCACGUCCCCCUCCUCCGUCGCCGCCGCAGCGCGCAACAUGCUGCCCCUAGCCCAACAGCCCAAGUCCAGCACCGAGAACGAGCACCCGGCGCCCCCGCCCGAGGCGGGCGAGCGCGUCGUGACCAUCGACAUGAAGAACGUGCACUCGGACGCCAUCUUCAGCGAGUUCAUGGCCAAGACGGGCGCGACGCCCGUGCACCCGAGCCCCGACGAGGAGGUCGAGAUGCGCCAGGUCGAGGAGCGCGAGGAGCGCGCCACUGUCGACCGCGCUAUCGUCAAGAAGUACAUCGAUGACAAGCGCCGCGAGGAGCGCAUGCUGGCGCUCGCGAGGCACGAGGCCGAGGCUAUCAAGUUGGCGAACCAGUGA